UCAAUACAUCCGAUCUGACAGCUGACAUUGUCGCGCCUGUAUAUUGCGGCAUUGGACGUGAAGACUAUCGCAGUCUAUCGUCUUAUUGUCACAGGCUCAGUCAUCUCACGCCAACGAAGCGUAUAAAAAGCCCAGCGGACGACGCACUUUCUCCAGGCCCCCGCUUUCCCGCAAGUCAAAGCCUUCCAGCAUACUCCAGUCCUAGAACCGCAACGAUGAGCGCAACCAGGGUGACCGGUUACCUUCCUCCUGACGAGGACUUUGCGCGGUCCGCCCGCUUCCACAACUCUUUCUUGAUCGCGCCGGACGAGGCUCUGGAAUUCGCCCAGAAGAACACCGACGAGAAGGGCCUGCCCUUGAUUGCAGUCAGUCCCGCCGAGGGCAAGUUGCUCCACCUCCUGGUGCGCACCCUCGGUGCGAAGAGGAUCCUCGAAAUUGGCACCCUUGGAGGCUACUCGACCAUUUGGAUGGCUCGCGCGCUCCCGGAAGGCGGUGAAGUAGUCACCCUCGAGCUCUCCGAGCACCAUGUUCAGGUUGCCCGCGAAAACGUCGUGAAAGCAGGCCUAGGAAAUGUUGUCAAAAUCAUCCAGGGUCCUGCCGUGGAGUCCCUCACCAAGCUGCAGCCCGGCGACGCGCCGUUCGACUUCGUCUUCAUCGACGCCGACAAGGACAACAACUUGACCUACCUCCUGGAGGCCAAGCGUCUCACCAGGAAGGGAGCUGUCAUUAUCGUCGACAACACCGUGCGCGACGGACAAGUAGCCGACCUGUCUAAGACAGACGGGCCGAACGAGGGUGUGCGCAAGCUUCUCGCCCACCUGAAGAACGACAGCGAGCUGUCGGCUACGACCAUCUCGACGAUCGGGGAGAGGCACUGGGAUGGCUUCACCUACAUCCUGAAAUUGUAGAGCCGUAGAGCGCCCUUGCGCCCUUGCUGGAGUAGUAUCACCAAUUCUGAGUCCGAUCCAGUUUGUAGCCGUUGUAUGAUAUCGUCGAGGCAGAACCGAGUCAUAUGUUGACGCACUUGUACCCUUCCCAACCUUGGAGAUCCAAUCAGAGUGUCAUGUGCGUGACGAGUCAACAUGUCAUCC